AUGGCAGGCAACCCCGCGAAACGUAACCAAAACCUGUAUUGCGAAUAUCACCAAGAGCCGGGCCACACCAUCGAUGACUGCGGGAAUCUGAAAAACCACUUGGACCGGCUGGUCCGAGAGGGAAAGCUAAGACACCUCUUGCAUCAUCUUGGUGGACGGCAAGAGCAGACGAGCGUCGAUUCAAGGCAAAGUACAUUGAGACCGCCCAUUGGCACGAUAAAUGUCAUUCUUGCCACUCCAGGAAGAAUCGGCUCCCAUCCUUUUAGAGUGAUGUCGGUGGCCCGACUUCCUGUUGAAGCUGACGACGGGGAGUCUAAGAGGGCUAAAGGGAUGGCCUCACCCAUAAUUGGAUUCUUGGAUGAGGAUAAGGUUGGAACCAUCCAGCCCCACGACGAUGCUCUAGUCGUCACACUCAGGAUUGAGGGAUAUGACGUGAAGAGGGUACUAGUCGAUCAGGGCAGUGCCAUGGAAGUAAUGUACCCCGACUUGUACAAGGGGCUGAAACUGAGACCAGAAGACCUGACAGCAUACGACUCCCCUUUGGUGAGUUUCAAAGGAAAGACUGUCACUCUGAAAGGCCUGAUUAGGUUGCCUAUACAGACAGGCUCGGACAUAGUGGAGGUGGACUUCAUAGUGGUAGACACAUACUCGCCCUACACCGCCAUUGUAGCCAGACCGUGGCUUCACGCCCUAGGAGCUGUAACAUCAACCUUACACCAAAAGGUGAAGUACCCGUCGGAGGGUCGGGUCAAAGAAGUGAUAGGGGACCAAGUCGUAGCCUGGGGACCCGCCGACAAGGCGAGUUGUAAGGAUCUGGAAAAAGUUCUUGUGGGCUCUAAUCCGGAAAGAUUUUUUCAGGUCGGCUCAGAACUGUCGCCCCAAGAGAAGGAAAAGUUGGUUGACUUUCUCAGAAAGAACGUGGACGUGUUUGCAUGGGACGCCUACGAGGCUCCGGGGGUCGAUCCAAAUUUCAUUUGCCACCACCUUAAUGUUAGCUCGGCCGUGACACCUAAGAAGCAACCUCCUCGGCGACCAUUGAAAGAGCAUGCGGAUGCGGUGAGAGAGGAGAUGAUGAAAUUGAAGAAAGCAAGGGCUAUCAAAGAGGUAUUUUACCCUGAGUGGCUGGCCAACACAAUUGUGGUGAAGAAGAAGAGUUGGAAGUGGCGGGUCUGUGUGGACUUCACAUACCUGAACAAAGCCUGCCCGAAGGAUCCUUUCCCUAUGCCUCAGAUAGAACGAUUGGUGGAUUUGACCAUGGGACACCUUCGAAUGAGCUUCUUGGACGCCUUUCAAGGCUACCAUCAAAUACCCCUAACUGCCGACAACCAAGAAAAAACGACUUUUGUCACCCCCGUUGGAAACUACCACUAUAAGGUAAUGCCCUUUGGCUUGAAGAAUUCCGGGUCGACCUACCAGAGGAUGAUGACCAGGAUGUUUGAACUACAAAUGGGCAAGAGCAUCGAAGUCUAUAUAGACGACAUGGUGGUGAAGAGCAAGUUAGUGUCCAACCACGUGAGAGACCUCGGCGAUGUCUUUGAAAUUCUGAGAAAGUACAGGCUGCAUCUGAAUGCGUCCAAGUGUUCAUUCAGAGUGAGGUCAGGGAAAUUCUUAGGUUACAUGGUGAUCCAUAGAGGUAUUGAAGUCAACCCCGGCCAAAUUAGAGCUAUCCAUAGCCGGCAGCCUGCUCGGAACCCCAAAGAGGUCCAAAAACUCACCGGCAUGAUUGUCGCCUUAAACCGUUUUAUCUCCUGCUCGGCGGACAGGUGCAGGCCUUUCUUCCUCUUAUUAAACAAGUGGAAAGGGUUCGAGUAG